AUGCCAACAGCCAUUUUGCUGGGAGACCGCACACGCCCGCUGUGCAAUAGUAUGGUUUCCCCGGUUAUUUUACACAGAGACCCUCCUCCUUCGCUACGUGAAGGAAGGUGCCUUGCAGACACUCUCCUACCACAAACAGAGGGAGAGGGUCCCGGUUCUUCUCACUCCUAUUUUUCUUCAUGUAAAAAUACAAUUUCAGCACGUAUACUGUCCUGUGAUUCCCUUUUGCUGGUUUUCUACGGGGUGCUCUGUAUCAUCCGGGCAGAAAAGGAUGUCCGAUUUAUCUCCGCUUUCUUGCUUUUGCGUGGCGUGGUGUGCGGUGUGUGGUGUGUGGGUGGGGUGCAUGCCAAUUUCUGUUCUUGUUCGUGUUCUUGUUCGAGUACCCCACCCUUUGCUGUCCCCGUGUACGGGCAUUUGUGUCUGCCACUCAAUUGUUUCCGUUUUCCUUUGCCUGGCGGAAACCAGUGGACACCUCGCCCCAGAGCGCUCCCCCAGGUUAUCGCGAAACCCCACGCACUGGCAUUCCACACACCGCUGCUGCUACACACAUCACACAGGAAGUUUGUUCCUUUUUCGCUGCGCAGUCACUGGAAGGCCGAGUGUCUCUUGUUGCUGAAACCACUGGAGACCUUCAUUCCAUAA